AUGGUUCAAUUCAAGGUCACGUUCAAUGACGGAGCAGCUUCAUCACGAAAACGAACACCCAUACAAACCACGAAAUUCUUCCAAAAUUCACCGACAGUUCUAGACCCAUACCUCGGCUUCCCCAUGUCCUACAAGAGAUCGCGUGCAACUUACGAGGCCGACUUGUCCGCACAACAAUCUCCUUACGUCACUUUCGGGACGCCGCUUCCACCACAGGACCCCGAGGUUCGCGAUGACGGUUCUUAUGUGCCGCUAUGGAAGCAGGAGGUGAGGGACGAGCGGGGGAGGAAGAGGCUUCACGGCGCAUUUACCGGAGGUUAUUUCAAUACCGUCGGCUCCAAGGAGGGAUGGACGCCGUCUACCUUUGUAUCCUCACGGACCAACCGUCGCAAGGAUGACCCAAAAACUGCCCGACAACGCGCCGAGGAUUUCAUGGACGAGGAGGACCUAGCCGAUGCCGAAGAAUCGAGGAAAAUACAGACGCAGGCUGCUUUUUCCAGCUUGGGUACAACCUCCGAUGAUGCCACGAGGGUGAGCAGCCUUAUGGGCAUAUUCCGCGCCGAUGGGGACACAAUGGGCGCCAGGUUGCUCAAGAAGAUGGGGUGGAAAGAGGGACAGGGGAUCGGCCCCAAGAUUCGCAGGAGAGCCCGCCUCGAGCUCCGCAGCGAUACGGACGACCCAAGGGGGACGCAUCUCUUCGCACCGGAGAACGUUGCCAUGAUUCGUCUUGUCCACAAGACCGACCACAAGGGACUAGGCUACGCAGGAGAAACAAGGCUGGCGUCGAUUACCCUCGCUACCAAGCCCAGCGACGCCAAGGACUCCGACUCCGACGACGAAAACGACCUGACGAGCGGCCUUGGGCGACCAAAGUUCACACUCGCCACGGGCCGCAAGAAAGGGCGGGAUAAGAACGCAGGAGGGAUAGGGGUUGGCAUCCUAAACGACACCGGUUCCGACGACGAAGACCCCUACGAAGUUGGACCGCGAAUAUCGUACAACCGGGUCAUCGGCGGCGACAAAAAGAAAAAGAAGGCUACAACUGCGGUCAACCCAACGUUGAAGAGCAAACCCGCAUUUAUACCAUCAAGGAAAUCUGGUCUCGGGAAAGUCGGGCUCGGGGCACGGAAAUGCCAUGAUGGACGGUUACCUUUGGACGGAUUUGUCUUUGGCAAGGAGCCCGACGUCCUAACGUCCGAAGCCAGCGCCGAAGUUAAAUACGCUCCGCCAAGUAUACCUCCGGAUUGGGUCUCGGCGAAGAAACCGGAAGCUCAGGCCGGCGCUGCCGGUUACGUUUCCACGGCGGACGCCGCUAAGGCGUCAACGCUCGACCCCAAGUCUCGCGCGGCUAUCCUUGGUGAAAAGCAGCUCCCAGGAAAAUCCGUCUUCGACUUCAUGUCAGCAGAAGCACGGGAGCGUCUAGCUACUGUAACCGGCAUUAAGGAUCUCCCUCCCGCCCGUGGGGAAGUCCCGGCUGAGCAUGCGCUCAGCGAAACCGACCGCUUACAGGAGCUCCUCAGCCGCGCCCCAAAGCUGGAUAAGGCGACCGCCGUUGCUGCUAUCGCUAGAGGGGCCGGUGGCAACGCCCCAUAUCGAGACGACGAGGCGAAACGCUCCAGAUACAUCUCUUUUCUCGAGUAUCAGGCAGGGUUCCGCCCGGACCCAGGGACACAACCCAAAAGAAUGAACAGCGAGGAGUGGCUGAGGGAACUGCAUGAGUUCUAUAACUGUGCAAGAAUUUUCAAGCCCAUGACGGGCUUCAUGGCCAGCCGGUUUACGACGUCUACGGGCAAGCCCAGCACCAAUUCAGGCAGCGAGACAGAGGAGAAGGAUCUACUUUCAACGCCACCGCCCAAACCCCAGGAUCCGGCUGAGGAAGCGGCCAAGCUUGGCAUGUUUGGGCCCAUGACCAGAUCCGUCGCCGACUUUUACCCCACGCGGCUCCUAUGCAAGCGCUUCAACGUGAAACCGCCAGAGCAUGUGCAGCCCGACGACCAGCCGUCGGCUUCAGGGUCGGGGAGGGCGAAGUACGAUUCUACCUCCCAGUUUAGUGUCCCGCAAGACUUUAGUGCUUUACGGCAAGAGCCGUUGGCGGGAGAGUUCGGCUCCGGCCCACCCUCCUCAGGCGGCACUCCAAACGAUGCUGGCUUCGCUCUCGUACCCGCACUUGACAAGACAACCGCGCAAGCCCCGGUCCCUGACAGGACCGUCGUAGAUGCGAGCAGAAACGAGGCCCUAGAAGGGAAGAGGGCUGGAGAGGAUGCGUAUCCGAAUCACUCCAAUCUGGAACUCGGUCUCGUAUCAAGAUGCUUCAGGGGCGCCUGGAAGCCAGCGGCGCCCAGGGAAUGGGACUUCAUGCAUCUCAGCUUCUGCGGCAACUCCUACGUGCACAACACUAGCUCGUCUUUCGGGCCCAUUUCCAGUAACCGGCGCAUUGUCGACGAGGAAACUGGCAUUCCAGAGCCCCCCGACACCGUGGCCGAGACGAACCUAGCGUGCUUCACCGAGGUCGACGCCGAAUUCAUCCCGCCUACCGACGACGAGAACUCUCCAUCCCGUCAGCGCUCCCCACCGCCGCAGUAUCCCGCGUCCGAGGCCGCGGGCCCUUCAGCCUUCCGGCCGCCACCCUCGUUUUCGUCGCUCUUUCCUGUCCAGGGCCACGAAGCGGAAUCCGUUCUCGAGCCGUGCGAGCCGUACAAAGCCGCUGUCGAAGACACCAGCGAAACAGCCGCUUCCUCCGCCUCCGCAGCCCCAGCGUAUGCGCCUGCCGACCAUCAGGUAGCACCCGAGUCUUCGAACAGCGCGUCCGCGGCCCUCAGGCUCCAGGACGAGACCAAGCGCGCGCUCCCCCAGGAUAAUAAGGGCAGCGCCAAGGACGAGGAUUCAGAACCGCCGCCGGCAUAUUCAGAGGGCUCCAGUCCCCUCGACUCCUUUACAUACCUCAUGGCUGCCGCAGGAGGUGCCGCGAGUAUUAUUACUCAGGUGCAACAGGGCGGGCCAUCGCUCAAUCCGCUUGGAGAUGUGCCUGGCGAUGAGACGAUCUUGAUGGACCUGCGGGGCACCCGCUUCAAGCUGUCUCGAGAUGAGCUACUAACACUACCCGAGUUUGUCCUGCUCUCUCUCUUUCCCAACGGGCUCUUCCCCGAAGGGCAAAUGGGUGGGUUCACGGAAGGAGACGCCGUUCAAGUUGACUAUGAUCCCGCAUCGCUCCAGUACAUGCUCGACUUCUUCCGGAACGUGGCGCAGAGCAUUCCGGCGGAGGCCGGGCUAGAAAACGGCGACGGCGUGGUGCCGCUCGACCCCUCGGCACGGGAUGAGAACAGCCGGCGUGCCGGUAUCAUCGUGCUGCGCGAGGACCUCGACUUUUACGUCAUCCCCCCCCAGCAGGACAUUGACCAGCCCGAGAUGAUCGAAGUCAAGCGGGCGGCCGCCAGGGCGCUCCUCAGGCAGGACGGUAUCUUCAGCGGUCUUAAGAAGAGCGACGAGCCGGGCACGACUGAGGCACAUCUCAUCGAGAUGUUGACGGCGGGCGGUUUCAACCAUGACGACCACUGGGGCCACCGGGCUGGCGAACCCAACAAGGCCGUCAUCUGCUCCCUGGCGCUGGCGCGCCUGCGCUCCGACAUCCGCGGCAACGACAUGGGCAGCAGCGCCGUCGGCAUGGCGCAGAAGCUGCUGCUCUUCUGGCGCAAGCCCGCCCGCCGCUGCUGGUGGGAGGGUGUCGAUCUUGACGACGUCGAGGGCCUUCCCGCCGGCACCAAGCUCAAGGUCUGGAUCCGCAGGGUCUGGACCCUCGAGAUGAGCGUUAUCGGCUUGCGCUAG